AUGGCAGCAACUCCCUGAAUGUCUGAAUCGCAAACGUCUCCUAUUUAGACCGUCACCGUGCAUCGAAGAUUUUCGAAUUUGUGUGAUUUUUUGGAGAAAAGUAUCUGCGUACUAUCGAUUGACUCAUCAUGGUCUCCUUAAAUCCAGUGCGGAUCCUCAAAAAUGAUGCUGGAGAGGAGAAGGCAGAAAUUGCUAGAUUGAGCUCGUUUGUUGGAGUUAUAGCCAUUGGAGACCUGGUCAAAUCCACUCUUGGUCCUAAAGGCAUGGACAAGAUACUUGUAUCUCAUGGUAGAUCCUUAGGACAAGUACAUGUUACUAAUGAUGGUGCUACUAUCCUCAAAAGCAUUGGCAUUGAUAAUCCUGCUGCCAAGAUUUUAGUAGAUAUGUCUCGUGUCCAAGAUGAUGAAGUGGGUGAUGGUACCACUUCAGUCACUGUUCUCGCUGCUGAACUUUUGCGAGAAGCCGAGAAGCUAAUCGAGAAUCAGAAGAUUCAUCCACAAACUAUCAUUAGUGGUUGGAGAAAUGCUACAAAUGUAGCGACUGAGGCUUUAAAAAAUGCAGCCACAGACAAUUCUGCAGAUCCUGAUCGAUUUCGAGAGGAUUUAUUAAAUAUUGCUCGUACAACAUUAAGUUCCAAGAUUUUAUCUCAGCACAAGGAGCACUUUAGCAAGCUUGCAGUUGAUGCAGUGUUGCGUCUUAAAGGAUCUGGUAAUUUGUCUGCGAUUCAAGUUAUAAAAAAACGUGGUGCAACACUUGCUGAUUCCUUCUUAGAUGAAGGAUUUUUAUUAGAUAAAAAACCGGGUGUUCACCAACCACAAAAAGUUUCUGACGCACGUAUACUUAUCGCUAAUACAUCUAUGGACACUGAUAAAAUCAAGGUAUUUGGCUCUAGAGUACGUGUAGAUUCAAUGGCGAAGAUAGCAGAAUUAGAAGCUGCGGAAAAAGAAAAAAUGAAGGAUAAGAUUGACAAAAUUUUGAAGCAUGGUUGCAACGUCUUUAUCAAUAGGCAAUUGAUAUACAAUUAUCCGGAACAAUUAUUUGCUGAUGCCGGAAUUAUGGCUAUCGAGCAUGCUGAUUUUGAUGGUAUCGAAAGACUUUCGCUCGUUACUGGUGGCGAGAUUGUUAGUACUUUUGACAAUCCCGAUUUAGUCAAAUUGGGAAAAUGCAAUCUUAUUGAACAGGUCAUGAUAGGAGAAGAUACACUCUUAAGAUUCUCUGGAGUUUCAUUGGGUGAAGCGUGCACCGUUGUUAUUCGUGGCGCAACGCAACAGAUCAUCGACGAAGCCGAGAGAUCGCUGCAUGACGCGCUCUGCGUUUUAACAGCUACGGUACGCGAGUCGAGAAUAGUUUACGGUGGUGGGUGCAGCGAGAUGAUUAUGGCUUGUGCUGUUAUGCGAGCGGCCGCGGCUACGCCAGGUAAAGAGGCUGUUGCGAUGGAAGCCUUUGCACGAGCGUUGCAGCAAUUGCCAACCAUUAUCGCCGACAACGCUGGCUAUGAUUCGGCACAAUUGGUUAGCGAGUUGAGAGCCGCGCAUAAUUCUGGGAGCAACACCAUGGGAUUAGAUAUGGAAAUGGGCAAAGUUGGAUGUAUGAAACGACUAGGAAUUACCGAAUCUUGGGUAGUGAAGAGGCAAGUUCUCGUGAGUGCGGCUGAAGCAGCAGAAAUGAUACUUCGGGUGGACGAUAUUUUGCGCGCGGCUCCUAGAAAACGCGUGCAAGACAGAGGACGUUGUUAAUUCAUUCAUUCAUUAAGAAGAAAAUAAAUGUUUACUCUCGCUUUGAUUUCAUAAUUGUCUGCAAUUUUUCAUGCAUAUGUGGCCUCUUAAAUUAAUUAAUGUGUUUAAUUAAAUAUUGUGUUAAUCUCAUUGACGGUAAUGCAUUUGAUAAUAUUAAUGUACUAAUGAUAGUAAGGAGAAUAUAUUCCACUUUUUGAACAUUUUGUCAUUUAUAUAUGAAUUAUAUAUUCCAUUUCUCGAUCUCUCACAAAUAAAGUAUUAUACAAUAAGAAGCACAUCUGUAUAGUUUCAAAAUUUUUUGUAACGUUACAAUAGAUUCAAUAUUAAUAAAUGCUUUAAGAUGCAAUACUUUACAUGAAUAUUUCACACACACUAGCAAUAUACUUUAUUCAUUUGUUUUAUACACAAGUCAUUUUUAUAAUAAUAAACAUACAGAUAUAAGAUUGAGUAAAGUAUAUUUUAGUGAUAAGGUAAAUAUUCAUUUUACAUGCAUUUGAUUUGUGACCAUUUUUCUUAAAUUAAGCUCUAUGAAUUUUAUUUAUUCAGCAAUCACAGCCUGUUCCAGUAACAAAAAAAAAAGCAAAAAAGAAUAUGACUGGCAUGCCUUGUAAAUGUUUUAUGUGGAUUGACAUUCUUAUACUACACGGAA